AUGUCCUUCUCUUUUUUGCUUUUGAGCUUGAUAAUAGGAGCGCUUCUGCUCUAUGCCACCAAAGUCCUGUUCACGCGCAAUAAGGCUAAUGGGCCGCUGCCACCGGGCCCAUCGCCGAAGCCAAUUAUCGGUAACAUCUCAGAUCUGCCGCCUCAGGGAGGGAAAGAUUGGACGUACUGGUUGAAGCACAAGGACCUCUAUGGACCUAUCAGUUCUAUCACAGUAAUGGGCCAGACCAUUGUAAUUGUCAACGAAUCCCGAAUCGCGACAGAGCUUCUCUCUAAACGCUCUGCACUAUAUUCCUCGCGGCCAAACUUGGUCUUUGCAUCAGAAUUGGUGGGCUGGGAGCAUAUUUUGGCAAUGCAGACAUACUCAGAUCGAUUCCGUGCGUAUCGCAAAGCCAUUCAACCCUACCUCGGGUCGGAGACAACGGUGGCCCAGUACAACACCUUGCAGGAGACAGAGGCUCACCGGUUUCUGUUUCGUGUGUUGAAUGAUCAGGCAAGAAUUGCAGAGCACAUCCAGACGGAAGCGGGAGCUGUCAUUCUAAAAAUUGCAUAUGGAUACACGAUUGAGCCGCACAAGCGAGACCCGCUCGUUCAUAUCGCAAACCAAGCCCUAGAGCAUUUCUCCAUCGCUGGGACACCGGGUACCUGGCUAGUGGAUAUGAUUCCGGCUUUGAAAUAUGUUCCUUCCUGGUUCCCUGGAGCCAGCUUUAAACGCAUUGCACGGGAAUGGAAGAAAAACCUUGAAAACGUUGCGGAUAAGCCGUAUGACUUUGUUCGGCGGCGUAGGGAUGCUGGCAAACAUGAGCCUUCUUACCUUGCCAAUCUUUUCAAAGAAGAGGGAUAUCCAGUCUCUGGAACCGAGAAAGAGCUCGUCGCGAAAUGGACUGCUGCUUCCCUCUAUACGGGUGGGGCCGAUACGACUGUUUGUGCAAUUGAAAUAUUUCUUUUGGCCAUGACCAUAUACCCAGAGGUGCAGCGCAAAGCACAAGACGAGCUUGACCGAGUAUUAGGAGCUGGCAGACUUCCCAAGGUGGCGGAUCGUGCGAGCCUUCCAUAUAUCGACGCUGUCGUCAAAGAAGUCCUCCGUUGGCAUCCUGUAGCACCAAUGGGGAUUCCUCACAUGGCCUUCACUCAUGAUCCGGAGGUAUAUCAUGACCCCAUGGUGUUCAAGCCUGAGCGCUUCCUAAGCAUUGACGGCCGGGAGCCCGAAAUGGAUCCUCACGGAAUCGUUUUUGGAUUCGGGCGUCGCAUUUGCCCCGGUCGUAUUCUAGCUGACAACACAGUAUAUCUGAGCGUCGCUCAGUCACUUACAGUUUUCAAUAUCACCAAAAUAGUCGAAAACGGCAAGGAGGUGGACGUCAAGCCUGAAUUUCAGGCCGGCGUGAUUAGCCACCCCGUUCCGUGGAAGUUUGACAUCUCCCCCCGUACUCCUGCCCAUGAAGAUCUCAUACGCUACUGCCACAAAGUCGGAUUGCUGAUUGCGACGCCGAUAAAAGACUCAUUCCGGCUGCUGACGCCGCAAGGCAGCGACGACGAUGGGAAGCCGACACUUCCGUUGUACAAAUUCGGCUCCUGUACCGUUACACACCCUUUCUGUCCUCACUGUGGUGUGAGUUGCUAUUAUUAUGGUUCGGAAAAGACAGAUGAAGGCAAGAGUGUGCACUUUACCCGGAUUAAUGCGCAUACCAUAGAUGGACGGGCGGAUGGGACACAGAUGGAGAACCUAAAAGAUAUUAAGACUAAAUAUUGGGAUGGGAAGACUAAUGGCUGGGACAAGGGUGUUAGUGAAGAGCCAUGGGAGGGAGGCGUAUGGUGA